AUGGCGCCGAGCGUGGACCCCGCGCUCAUCGAAGCGCUCAACCUCGAUCCCGGGACGGCGCGCAUCUCGAAGCACGGCGGAGGUGGCGUAUUUCGUCAAGACGGGCGCGGCGCCGACGCCGAGGUCAUGUUUAAAGGUGAACAUGCCUCCCUCAACGCAAUCCACUCCGCCCUAGCCCAGCUCCACCGCACCCCAGCGCCCGUACCCGACGGCCAACAACGCCCCUCGUUCGGGUUCCCGACGACAACGUGCUGCGGCGCCACGGCGCAGGACAACGCGUGGCGGGACACGUGGGCCGCGUUCUACGCGGAGAACAGGCUGCGCGGGAUCCUGGCCGAGUGCGCGCGCCGGGGCCAGAACGACGGGCCGCUGGACACGGCCGUCAACAGGGUCGCGGCCGAGGUGGUGCCGCGGCUCCUGGGUGGGCUGGAGGAGGCGGGCGUGGUGCCCGUCGUGGUGCACGGGGACCUGUGGUCCGGGAACCACGGGCGGGGCGUCAUCGGCGGGACCGGCGGGGUGGAGGAGGUGGUGUUUGAUCCGUCGUGCGUGUACGGGCACUCCGAGUACGAGCUGGGUAUCAUGAAGAUGUUUGGAGGGUUCGGGGCCGCGUUUUGGAGGGAGUAUGAAGAGUUGGUGCCGAGGGCGGAGCCAGUAGAGGAGUACGAAGAUCGGCUGCGACUGUACGAGCUUUACCACCACCUGAAUCAUACCGCUCUAUUUGGAGGUGGAUAUCGUAGUUCGGCCAUGUCCAUCAUGGAGAAGCUAAUCUCAAAGUACGGGAAUUGA